GCAUUGCCCAAAAUCCUGCCUUCACAGUGCAUGUAAACGGUGCACUAGGGCUUUAAAUGGCUCCUUGAACCCUCGGGCACCCAGUUAAUAAACACCCACGUCAGCAGUGCCUCGGUUGCUCUAACCGGGUUUCGGUCUUUAGGGCUGAACAGGAAGUGCCUGACUGUGGACCCUGGACGAGAAAAAAAGAGCAAAGAGAAAACGCAAAACAAACUCAAAAUGGAUAUGGUGGUGGACUUGGGGGCGAGUAGGCUGUAUCGGGCGCCGGGUGAAUCGAGUCACCAGUGAGUAUCGAUGGAUUUUGUCAGGGAUAUCAUGGCAUGGGGCGUAAGCGGGUCUUGCUGACACUUACGCCUGAGAUAGAGUCGCUGGGUUUGGGCAGCAGGCAAAUCCUCCCCGCUGCUCACUGCGCUCCGGACCUCCGGCGAGAGGAGGGGGCGGUCGGGAGCGUGAAGACGGGCGUAUUACCACGUCUUGCCCCGAGAGAAAUACUAUAUUCAUCCAAGUAAAAGUAAAAAGGCUUAAUUGCAACGGGUUUGUGUCUGUUUUUCUAUUGUGUGCUGGCUGAAGCCUGAAGUGGGCGUCGCUCCAGGACAGACUGGGCUGCUCCUGUGCGCCGCUGCCCGCUUUUUUUCUCGCAGGACUGCAGCACUCUAGUGUCGUUUUUAUGCCGCUUAAUGUCUGAAUAAGGAGAUAAUUGCUUGGUUAAUAAAUACGGGUUGAUUUCAUGUGACAUGAAGAGCACUAGUGACAUGAAGGCGGGCGUUACAUCGCGUGGGUUAUCGGGCGCUGCGGAGCCUGUCAGAAAGCUUCAGAUAAUUCAAAAAUGAAUGCGUUUACUCCAGACUGUACAUGAAAAUGGCUAAAUAGGUUACUGUAGAUGAUGGACUAAUACCCUGCAAAUGAGGAUGCUGCAUAUAUGUGUUCGUCGGUUGACAUGUCCGUCUACAACAGUUGUUUCCUAUUCCAAUCAGCCUCGUGUGUUUGUGACAUCAGAAAUUUCACGCGCGCCACGGCCUCCCUCAAGGGAUGAUUACGGGGUUCUGUCACCCGAUGCUCUCUGACUGGAGCCGGGUGUAGCCCAUUAGAAGAAGAUUUUGACUGAAGGGUCGUCCAGCCAAUCUUAAUGCAGAAUGUAGUCUUGGGGGCGGGCUGUAUAGGGCUGGAGCUGGGCCAGUGUAGAAACAAAGACAGUAGAUAAUUCAUGACAGGGGGUUGCUAUUCUGUUUUUUUUCUCUCGUGACUGUUAUGUUAUGACUUGGGGUAUGUAUAGAAAUCAUUCAUCAAAGUAGGCUUACCUCUUGUAAGAUUGGAUGUCCCAUGAUUUCCCUCCAGUGUGAACAUGGGAACUCAUUUAUAGCCUUGUCAAAAUGAAUGUGUCUUAGUUUGUACCACUGAUCUCAAGAAGUUCUGCAAAACAUCUGAUUAGUCUUCUUUUGCACAAGUUACUCUCUACUGAAGGUUCAGCAAGUGUGACUUUUGUUCCUGCUGUCCCUUGCAGGCAGCCACAGAGGUGGUUCAACACUGCUGACAUCACAGUGGCUCACCAAAGCAACCUGCUGAAGCAGCUAAACCAACAGCGCCGCCAAGAGCUUUUCUGUGACUGCAAUGUGCUGGUGGAGGGCCAGCUCUUCAGGGCCCACCGCAACGUCUUGUUUGCCAGCAGCGGCUACUUCCGCAUGCUGCUGUCCCAAGGGCCUGAUGGACUGUCGGACUCUGUCAAUGCCACCUUCGAUGUCUUCAGCCCUGAAACUUUCACUGUCAUUUUGGAUUUUAUCUAUUCUGGGCAGCUUGACCUCUCCAGUCACAAUGUGAUUGAGGUGAUGUCUGCAGCCAGCUAUCUACAGAUGAACAAUGUCAUUAACUACUGCAAAAACUUCAUCAAAUCCUCAUUGGACAUCAGUGUGAAAGAUGAAGAUAGUGAACGCUGCCUCGGUUUGUCUGAGACCUGCAGUUUCACCAGUGGAACUGGAGAAGAGACCUCAGAGCAGCAGCAGCAGGGCCCCUGCUCUGUCAGCCCCCCACCAGCACUCUGGACCCGGGACAACUCCAGAUCUCAGUCUGGUUUUAUGGGAAAAGAGUCAGACCAAGAAGCAAUGGUCUCAGCCCCAAACACUAACUCAAGUAGCCCUGCAGGUGACCUUACUACAGAGGUAGAUGACCUGCAGGACCCUCAGGACCCGUUGUACACUUUGCCUGGGCCAGAGCGCCGGCGAAGCAAAGGAGGAACAAAGAGGAGAGCACCAAACAGCACUCGCUCCAACCAACAUGAAGACUUAGCCAUUCAGGAGGCAAGGACACAAAAAGCUGAAAAAGCAGAGGAGCUUUACGCUACUCUACCAUCUAUUGUUGGCGUAAUUGGACACUUUAAUAAAGGUGAGUUAGACUUCGCUAGAAAUAUGAGAUUUAAUGGAGCCUAUCCCAAGCAAAGGAAUAAAAAUAUUUAUCCUUGCAGGCUGUUAAUUUCAAACAAAGCCAGAAAUGAUGAUAUACAGGGAAAGACUGAAAAGUCACAGCUUAAAAUGUCUUCCUAUUUCUUCCAUUUUUCAGACACCAACCCUAUUAUGCGCUUUAAAUGCCCCUUCUGCACACACACUGUGAAGAGAAAGGCAGACCUGAAGCGGCACUUACGCUGUCACACUGGAGAGAGGCCAUACCCCUGUCAGGCCUGCAACAAGCGCUUUACUCGCCUAGAGCAUCUUCGUAGCCAUUUUGAAACAGUAGGUUAUCAAAGAAGAUAUCAAGUCUUGUAUCGAGUUCCAGUUGUCCUUUUUUUCCAUUAGCUUCUUGUUUAGACAUAACUUUUACUUGUUUUUGACAAUAUUUGUACAUGUAGGUAGAAACAUUCAAAUAAUCAUAAAUCUUACAAUCCACACUCAGCCAUAGUGUUGAACAAAAAGGGUUUUUAUGUGUCACUGUUGUCAUCACAAGGUCAGUCAUACUUUGUGUAUUUUCCUAAUACUAUGUCAAUAUGUCUCGCUUGUUCAUAGAUCCAUCAAGCCAGAAAGCUGGUGUGCAGGAAGUGUAAGUGUCAAGUGACAGAGGAGACGGGUCAUGUGGUGUGUGAGGGCACACGACGCUAUCGCAUGUGCACCACAUGCAUCCAGGAAGUGGGUUGUGAUGAGAUGCCCAUGGACAGUCUAGAGGGAACAAAUGAAGAGCCAGCCCUACUGCUGGGGGUGGAUGGUGAGGAGGAGGGGGACACCAAGGGUAGCUGGAUGGUAACCGAUGAUGAUGACCUGGCUGAAGACUCAGGGGCUGACCUCAUCAUCCAACAAGUGGACGACAGUGAUGAAGAGCUGGAGUGAAAUGAAACCAAAGUGUGUGCUGAAGCAGGCAGGAAUAUUAAGUGUGUGCUCACUGAAGCCAUCCAAGAGAAUUUAUGCAUAAAAUACUGUAUGUGAGCCACUAUUGUAAAUACUGAAGUUUAUGUUAUUAUUGUCCAUCAUAAAGAAGUGUUCAUUUUUACCAUCAAAAAGAGUGAUGACCUCUGUGAUAAACUGAGCGCUUUCUAUCAAGCUUCAUAAAAAUAUGCAGUAUCCAAAGCAUGAGUAUUCAGUGUUUCCCGUGCUUACAUUAUAACUUUAUUCUAACUAUUUCAAGGAGAUUUUUUUAAUGUGCAUGGAAGAAUGCUUUAGCUGCUUUUUAAGGUAUUUUUUGAUACUUGCUAUCAUUCGAGCAAAAUGAAGAGAACAGAGAACUCAUUUUUUAUUUUCCUUUAUCUCCCUUAAGGAAAAGUCUAGAGCAGACAAUGUGUUACGGUUGCUGCACUCUUCAUAUUUUCUUUUUGAUCCAAUAUGUACUCUGAUUAAAAAGCCAAUUUUUAUUUAUUUGUUCGUUUGUUUUUUACUGUUUGGCAUAUUAAAUAUAUUUUUUAUAUGUUUA